UCUGGGGCCCCAGAGAAGCCCCGGGCCCAGGACCGGGAGAGCGAGAAGAAAGUUCCGACAGAGCCCGGCAUGUGGGGUUACCUGUCUGUGCUGCCGGCUUUCCUGGCCUUUUCCGCUAUCACUGGAGUCUGGAGUGUUUUUGCCCUUGCCGUGACCAACAGGUCUGUGAACCUCACGGAAGGUUUCCCCUAUAUCAGCCUCUGCGGGUCUUACCCCCCUCAGAGCUGCAUCUUCAGCCAGCUGCUCAACAUGGGAGCUGCUAUGGCCGCCUGGAUCUGCAUUAUCCGUUACCACCAGCUCCGGGACUGGGGAGUCGGAAAAUGGUUUAACCGGCUGAUCCUGUGGACGGGGCUCCUGUGUGCCCUGGGCACCUCCGUGGUGGGCAACUUCCAGCAAAAGAACCAGCUGCACAUGCACCUGGUCGGGGCCUUCUUCGCCUUAUUCAUGGGCAACUCCUACUUUUGGCUGCAGCUUAUUCUUGUCUGGUGCACGCGGAGGCUGCCCCAGCCCGGGGCCCCCUGGGUCGGGCCACUCCGUCUGGGCCUCUGCAGCCUCUGCACCAUCCUCUUGGUGACCAUGAUGAUCCUCCACUUCUGGCCGCUGCGCUCGGCCUCCGCCGCCUGUGAGUGGGCCAUCGCCAUGCUGCUGUUUGCACUCUUCGGCCUGUUUGCGGCGGACUUUUCCUGCCUGGACGGCUGCACCCUGCACCUCCAGCCGGGCCGCCUCAGCUCCCCGCCGGCCUCCCCCACCUCCCUGCAGAUCCACCUGUGAACAGCAGGCCGGGUGAUGAG